AUGCAGCUCAAACCCCUCGUCGCUCUAUUCCUCACCACCCUCCCGGCCCUCACAGCAGCCCAGCCUCUCUCCACCGACCUUGCCGACCCACAGCAAGCAAUGCAAGCUAAGCCUGUCUUUCCAACUGACAUGGAAACACGCGCCGUCCCUGCGGAGCUCACCUCACUCCCACUGGCUGCUUUGGAGAAACGCCAACUUGAUGGGGAUAUUCUCCUUCCUCUCAUCGAGCUCAUGACGAAGGUGCUGAAAGGAUUGGUACAAGGUGGUGGUAGUGGUCUUGGGGUGGAGCCGGAGGAGGUGCGGGUGAUGUUGGAUGAAUUGAAGAAAAUACGGAAUGAACAGCACAAGGGUACCAUGGCUUCUUCCUAA